AAGCGGGAGGGCUGGGUUCCCUCCGCGGCUGUUGUCGUCUCCAACGAACUCGUGAGAGAGGCCGAGACGACAGCGGCGGAAGUUAACAAGGCCAACGAGGCCCGUCUCGUGCUCAUGCGGCAGAUCGACCAGGUGGCUGACUACCUGCUGCAGGCUCGAGCAGCCAAGCGAUCGACCGAUGAGAUUGCCGGCCUACAACGCAAUCUGGAGGAUCUGGAGGCGGAAUUGUGUCGACUAGGACAUGCGGACAAUUAG